AUGAAUCAGAAUCAGCGAAACCAACGUGCAGCAGCUAGAAACCAGGGUGUUCAAUUGAAUGAUCACGCGAAUGAAACGGAUAACGAGAAUGUCUUCGCUGAUCUUAUACCAGAGGAGGACUAUGCAUCUACUAUUGUUCAUCCUCGGGUUGGAGCUACUAGUUGGAAAAUUGACUCCUCUCUCUACCGGUUGUUGAAGCUUGAGGGCUACCUUUGGAACUCUACCGAGAAUGAUCCUCAACGACAUUUGCAGAACUUUGUGGAUGCAUGUGCUCAUCCCAUCCAAAACAAUGUGUCACAAGAUGUUAUUCGGCUAAGGCUCUUCAAAUAUUCCUUAGCUGGAGAAGCAAGAACGUGGUUUAAGAAACUGCCCCGGAAUUCUAUUACUUCAUGGGCAGAGAUAGCUUGGCACUUGAACAAUGCUGAUAUUGUACCCUACGGGAAUGCUAUGAUCCAAAAUAUGGCGAAGGAGAAUCAGGAUACUCAGCAGAAAUUGGUUCAACUUGCAACAAAUAUCUCUUUACUGACAAAGAAGUUUGAUGAGAACCAGAUCAAGAAGGUAAAUAUUUGCAAAGAUGCCUCAAGUAUGCCGAAGGGGAUGUACCAAGUCCAAGAGGGUCCAUAUCAUGAGGAACCUCUUAUGCAGGUUGAAGAUGCUAACUAUGUGAACAAAUCUCAAGGGGGUUAUCAAAGGCAAAAUUUCCAAGAGGGUUAA